AUGAAUUAUUAUACUACAUUAGAUGGAGGAUCAAAACUCUAAGAUAUUAUAGAACAGAUUAGAUAAAUGGAUAUCAAUACUUCAGAAACACUUAAACAAAGAAAUGUUAAAUUAUAAAACAAUGAGUCUAUAAUUAUGGUAAUUUCAAAUUACAUUUUCUUAGAUAGAUAAACAAUUAACAAUAUCAAUUGACGGCAUUAAUGAUUCUAUUAAAUAAGCUAGAAUUUUAUUAAAUAAAUCAUCAAAUCUGUAUUCUAUGUAAAUCAACUAGUUCUCAAAAUGAUAUCUUGAGAUUCAAAAACUUAAUAGAUGAAUUUUAAAAUAAUUCUGAAAAAAUUAGAAAAGCUUUAGAAAUCAAAUAAGUUUUCAAAAUUGUAUACAUUCAAUUAUUAUUUAUUAUAGGAUAUUCCUGAAACUAAAAUUGAUUUUACUUCCAAAUCUAAUGUUGAAAUGGUUUAAAUGCAAAAAUAGUUAGUUUCAAAAUAAAAUGAAACCAUAGAUAAAAUGAUUGAUACCACAGGGAGAAUGUAAAAUAAUGGCAAACAGAUUAAUUUGGCUUUAGAUGAGGAUAAAGUUAUUUUAAGGAGAUUGAAUGACAAUGUAAAAUUAAUUAUUCUUAUUUUAGGUUGAACAAACUACUCAUGAAAUCAAAGUUACUGAUUCUAAUCUUAAAAGUUUAUUAUCAUAUGCUAAUGAUUGUUGUUUAUGGACAACCAUAAUAAUACAAUUUAUGAUUUUUGUUUUUCUUGUUAUAUAUUGA